AUGAACCAAGCCCGGUCUUCCCUUUUACGAAUUACGAGGUGGCUGCCGGUCUCCUUCGAUCCCCUCUAUGAAUAUUCUCUUCAUGUGAAGGGACCUUGUCCCGCAAGCACUAAACAGUGUAGGGCGACCUGGGAUGGCUUCGUUGCCUGCUGCCCAUCAGCGAGUACGUGCAGGGUAUCCGACGACAAUAAUAACCCUAUCUGCUGUCGAGACGAGGCAGAUUGUCGAUAUGUUCUUGUCAAAUCACCCCACUGCGCCAAUGCCAACUGGACCAUGUAUAGCCAUCAACGCUUCUUCUGCUCACUCGCGUCGACAACUUUUGUAUAUUCGCCGACCGCAACCUCAGCCCUGACCUUAACUGUGUCCAUGAUUCCCGCACCUGCACCGAGAAUAUCGGAAAUUUCUACGACUGAUUCAUCCUCCAGCCCCUCUGGUAGUCAUGCCGGUGUAAUCGCGGGUGGUGUUGUAGGUGGGGUAGCUGGUGGUGCCCUGGUAGUUGGUUUGAUUUGGUAUUUGCUACGGUGUCGCCGACAAAAGGAACCAGCUGCCGCAACUCCAAACCCGCAACUGAAUUCUGAUUUGUACAAAGAGCCGCCAUUCUCACCUCAAAGUGACUAUAGUGAGUUGCCGUCCGAUCCCGCAAGACACAUAACUCAUGAGAUUUAUGAACUGUCAGAGAAUACAAACAAUCGGUAG